GACUAAUUGAUGGUUCCCAAUCGCUUAGUACGAUAAUUAGACUAGCGUUUUACAACUAAAUAACUGUAUAUAUACAUAUAUUCUUUUAAUCUGCCGAUUAUUAAGGUACCAGUAGAUUACAUUCAUGUCAUGUAAUAUAAAAGCAUAAUUAUACCAGCAAAUUUGAUGGAAAGUUUGAAGUAAAUACACAAAUGACGGAACAAAAGAUUUCUGAAAGAUGCAAAUCUAGUCAUAUUCUGCUCUUUAAUUCUUCGUCUCGCGAAGAUGAAUUAGAAGCUGGACUAUGCAAUUUACUUUGCCAGAUAAUAUGGAAUCGAAGAAUCAAUCGUCUUCCGCAACAUCAAAUGAAGACCAAACACAAGAGGAUAAAGCGGAGUUUGUUGAUGCUCCCAGUGAUCGUGAAUCAUCAAUUGAGUCUUUUCAUACCAAUAAAUCUGAACUUUCGAUUCCAACUGAGACCGAACUUAUAGACGUUGACGACAUAGAGCUUUCUGAUGAAGAAUCGUGGUUGUAUAAAUCACCAAAGAAACUCACUUCUGAUGAGAAAGCACUUAGCACAUACAAGUGGCUUCAUAAAGAUGUUGAAGAAAUGGAUAACGUGGAGCUGUAUGUGACAAAAAAUGCUCUUGUCAGCAAACUUAAUCAAUUAAAAAUGCUUAAUGCUGAUGUAGAAAAAAGGUUAACCAAAGACAAAACAACUGCAUCACAUAAUCAGAUAAAUGAUAAAACAAUUGCUGUAAUUCCUGCGGUUGAAGUCACUACAAAAGCCAAAGAUAACCAUCUGAAUCAGAAGCAGAUAGUUAGUAGUAUAAAACUUGAACAAGAGCCAAAUAAAAACUCAGAAAAUGUCUUAGAUGUUAUGGAUGUGCAUGAAAUUGCUCGGCUGCAAGAAGAACGGCUGAAGCAAAGCACAUCUAGAUUUCAAAGUCAAGCUGACAUCUCAGGAAAGCAUUUGCAUCAAGAUAGUAAGAUGACUUCCAGUAUAUCUGUUCAAAAUGUAGGACUUACAAAACCAUCUUCUGUUGAAGUGGAUAAUACAUUUCUGUUAUUUCAACAAGUUAUGCUGGAAGCAAUGAAGAAUGAUGGCUCCAGGAACUUUGAGCUGAUGCUUAUAGAAAAAGUAAAGCUUCAUGAACAAGCUCUGAAUAUAUGUAAUGGGAAGAUUAACCAUUCUGGAGCAUAUGGAUUACAUCCUAUGCAGGGAAUAAAACAGCAGCAUAUGUUUGGUUCUUCGGCAUCUUUAAGUCGUAACCAAGAUUUAUGUUGCGGUAGUCUUCCAAAUAUUAAUCGUGGGUAUUACAGCCUUAGAAGAGAAAGGAAAUCAAAGCAUCCUAGUGAUCAGAAAUCACCAUGUCCACUGCCAAUAUAUCCUUCCCAUCCAAAAGUGACAGCCAACGGAUCAGUGAAGGAGUUACCUAUUGAAUCUCAAGCUAAAAUGACAUCUCCACCUUAUGCUUAUCGAGAAUCUCGAACUUUACCGUCAUCGUAUCGAGUCAAUUCGAGAAGUAAGUCAUCUUCUCGAAGAGAUUUGAAUCUCACUCCUUCACCUCGCCGUGAAUCUGCACCUUUCUUCCCCAGUUAUAAAAGCAAUCCUGUUUCAGACACAAAUCGAAGAGAUUCAGCACCAUGUAAUCCUCGUAGAUUUUUAUCACCAGUAUCAUCUCCAACACUAUACCAAAGAUGCAGCGCAUCCUCACCAGUAUUACAAAGUCCCACCAAAGCACACAACAAUUCAUUUCAAACCAAGAAGACUCCACCUAGUGCAGAAUACCACCGAAAUGCUUCACAUUCCCCAUCUAGACGAUUACCUUUAAAUCCAGUUCAUAAUCAAUCACCAAAGCGAGGCAACAGUCCAGCUUCACCUCGCAAUGGGGACUUCCGAAGCUUGAAAUUGCCAUCUAAAAUACCUAAUCCAGCCUCAAGAUCUGGAAUACCAGUGCCUUCAAUGCCUUAUAUAUCCAGGGCUAAUGCUGAUGAUGACAGUUGGAGUGACGACUGUUUCUGAUGAAAUUUACUAUACUUGUGCAUUUUAUGAUUUGUUUGUGUGCCAUGUUUUUAGUCAGUGCCAUCUGUGCAUUUUCCCGUGUGCCUAUGAUCAAGGUUGCCAAAGGUUUUUAAUUGAUUAAAUUUGUGAUAAUUUGAGUUGUAUAAUGUAACUUAAAAUCUGUUGAUGUGAAGGAAUUGAGUAAAUUCUUUGCAUGUAUUUUACUAUUAUGAACACUACUAAAUUUUGAAAAUGUAAGUUGUUAUUAAAACUUUUAUACAAAGCCUGUUUAAAAAUUAAUAAUGAUUUUUACGAUAUUUUAUCUUAAACUUUUGGCAGCAUUUGUUAACUUUUUUAUGUUGAAUAAAACUGUCUUUAUACACAGUG